GAGCAACUGCAAAACACUUGCGGCACUUGAUACCCUGGCUUUAACAGCGCGGCACUCGCUGUUCUAGCGAGCAGGGGCAGACGCGCGAAUCCGACGAAUCUAGGCCAGUAUCGCUGGGCUGCGCCUUCUAGCCCCACAGCCGCUGUAGAGGCGACGAGUCGGGCACGUGAAUGACUCGCACCACGUGGCGAUCGGCUAGUCGGUUAAUCAGUUGCGAAACAGAUUGCAAUUAGAACGCCGUUUUCGUUGUUCCCCGCCGUUAUUCGGCUACUAGUUUUCCCCAUGGCGCAGGCGCUGAGGCUCUUUCGUACCGCCCGGCGCGCCGCACCCCGCGCAGCUGACGCGAGUCCAUCACCGCUCUCCGCCUUCCGCAAUUCCCCCACUUCCCCGCUCUCCGCCUUCCGCAACCCUCCGCCAUCUCAACUACCAUCGCCUCCGCCUCGCUCAGGAAACCCCGUUUCCGCCAACCCGUGCGCGCCCCUGAUCGAUCAAGCGCCAGCCGGCGGUUGGCUAGUCACAGAGCUUGCUUUCAAUCGCCACCGUGUAGUCGCCUCCUUCGCAGCGUCGCCAGUCGUCCCCCCUGCCAUCCUACCGCGCACCGCUCCCCGCGCCGUUUCCGCCUUCCGCCACUUCCUUGCCGCCCCUUUCCCCUCACCAUCCCUUCCGCCACCACCCGCGAUACACAGCCGCGCAGCUGCGACUACCAGCGGAAGCAGAGGGGGAGUGGCGGGGAUGAGCGGGGCAGGCGGGGGAGGAGUGCGCGUGAGGGGGAUGAGCGGGGGGGGCGGGGGGAGCAUCUACGUGAAGUCGACGCGGGAGCCAAGCGGCUUAGCGUCGGUGCCGCUGGUGCCGCUGGUUCUGGGUCUAGCUGGCGCCAUCCCAUUUGUGGCCCUCGCCCCGCCCCUGUGCUCCCUCAUCCCUCUGCCUGAGCUCCUGGCUUCCCAGCCGGCAGCAGCACAGGCAGCCUACGGGGCGGCCAUCCUCGCAUUCCUGGGCGGUCCGCACUGGGGCCUUGCCAUGGCGCGCUACGCUGCCACCACGUCUGAAGCGAGCCUGGGCAACUUCUCACUGUCGGCUGCACGCUACAUGUGGAGUGUGGCACCUUCUCUUGCUGCGUGGGUGGCACUGCUGCUGCCAGACGGCCCCAAGUUCGGCCUCCUGCUCUCCUCCUUCCUCCUUGUGUUGGGUGUAGACACUGUCUUUGCGCGCAUGGCAUUGGUCCCUUCGUGGUACCUUCCUCUGCGCGUGCUGCUGUCGUCCGUCGCUCUUCUCAGCCUCGCUGCCACCGCCUUCACCAUCAUCACCGGCACUGCCAUCUCACACCCACCCACCCCUCAAUCAGCGCUCUCACAAUCACCCACCUCCCAACCAACCGUCUCUCACCCACCCACACCUCAACACCCAGGGAAGGUGGUAGAGAAGCCUCACGACGAUCAGGUGUGAAGGACCUGUGAGGCAGUCAUGCAUAGGAUGCUGGAAAAUGUAUUUCUUGCUGCAUGUGAUGCAUACCAUAAGCACUUUCGUAGAACCAUAUUGCAACCUCAUUGAUAUCAAAAUCAUAUCACAUGGGGAUGAUUGAUUCGGCACGAGCGUGGCUUCUGAAACAGGGGUGACCAAUCAAGCCUGCUGCGUGAACCAAGCCUCAGGUUUGUUACUGCCUGACAACACCAGGCCAC